CGGCAGUGACGUCAUCGGUUGUCGAAGAAGUCUGCAGAGCUGAGCUGAGUUUAGUUUUUUAGUUUUACGUAAAUUACGCGAAUAACAACGCAUGAUUUUGCGUUUUUGUGGCGGCUUGAGCAGCUAUGCUAUACCAAACUAGUCUGGUAUUUCUGAUUACUGCAUGUUUCCUGCCUGUGUUUUGUUCUGCUGCACCCGUCCAUGAAGCUGCACCAUCUCAACAGCAAACUUGUGAUUUUUUCAACUUAUGCUCCGCAGGGUCCUACUGUAACACUCAGACCUCCAGAUGUGCCCCAUGCCCACCCAGAACCUACCAGCCCCCUCCCCAGUACAAAGUGGAAAGAUGUAUACCCCACAGUGCCUGUGUUACGUCAGACUCUCUGCUGCACCAUGACAUCAAGGAUGGAAGGACAGGAGUGGUCCUCAGGGAAGGGAACAGGACUCAUGACACAGUUUGCAAGUGUGAAGCUGGGAAGUACUGGAACGAAACAGAGCGGGGAUGUCGGCAGAUCACCAAGUGCAAAGUAGGCGAGGGGGUCUCCAUUAUAGCUGUGGCCACGUACGACACCAAGUGCACGGCGUGCCACCCCGGGACGUACUCAGACCAGCUGUCUGCCACCCAAGUCUGCACGGUGUGUACCGACUGUAGGGACCUACAGAGAACAACACUCCAGCCCUGCUCACCGGGACAAGAUGCCGUGUGUGGGGCCUUACUCAUUCCUGCUACAGGGCCAGGGGAGCUCAUUUCCUCAGAAGAGACGUCACCACCGAAAGACGACUCUCGCAGCGUGCCAACUGGAGACUCUCUGGAACCGGAAAACAACUCUCCAGUGACAACAACACAAGCCAUUGGAGGGAAGUCACCUCGGCCUGUUGAACUUCUCCAACCAACUCAGAUAGCCAUGAUUGCCGGGAGUUCUGUACUAGUAGUAUUCUUUAUUGUAGCUGUAGCUGUUACAAUUUUUUGUGUCUUGGAGAAAAGGCAGCGAAAAGCAGCAAGCAACCGACAAGCCAGACCAGACCCAGAAGGAGGGUCUCAGCUGGAACAUCUGAUGGCUGUGCCAAACAACACAGUCACAGGGCGGGAAAGUGAUGCUGGGGAGGAGGAAGAUGGGGAUGAAGAGACGGACCCUAAAGAAGCUGCAUCAGCUGCCGGCUAUCCAGUUCAGGACACGAAUGACCCAAAAGACAAUGAGCGAGAUCUCUCUCUGAAGGAAACUAACGACGGUCUGGAAGAAAUCCCAACCAGAUCAGAGGGAGCAGAAGGGACAACCUUCAUAAAGGAUGCUCGGUCUCCAGUCCAGGACACCAAAGACCCAGAGGGAAACGAGAGAGACCUGAACUCAAAGGAUGCCACAUACGGCCUUCAGGAGCUGACAGAAGAUGGUGACAUCACAGUAAUAACUUCUCUGAGAGAAGAGGAAGAGGAUCUGUACAAGGAGACACUGGUGUAACCUCAGAGGCUGCUGUAUCCUGUCUUCCUGCAGUUACAACUGAUGGCCAUGGACACUUUGAACAGUAUUUUCCCAGAGAUUUGUUCUGUAUUUGAGCAGUAUUUUUCUAGCCUGUUAUCUAUCUGUAUUUAUUCCUCAGGUCAACGUUACAAAAUUUGUUUUCGAGAGGAUAUUUCAUUUUGAUAGGGUUACUAGAAAUGAAAUAGGGAUACUUGCCCGGCUAGAAUUUUUUUACAAUAAGUAAGUUUUACUAUACACAUGCAGAGUGAACCAUGAAAGAUAGUGGACAGGAAACCUACCGUCCUGGCUUUCCCAAGCAGGCAGACAUCCAUCUUACGUCCAUCUUCUCUCUGUUCACAGUGUUCAAAAUAACCUUCUGCGUUAUGCAUUAUGCAGGAUGGUUUUCAAGAUUGCAAAAGACAAAAUUAUACAAUCUGCAAUUUAGUAGAUUGAAAAAAAUCAGGUUUGGGAUGUAAUGAUUUUAGAAAGUUGUAUAAAAAAUUAUAUAUAGUAUGGAGGCUUAAUUUAUUUGCAGAAAGUUUGACUCAUCUACAAUUACACAUUGGAGAAAAGUUUUUCGACCACAGGUUCAGGUAACGGUUGUUUAGUACAAUUUGCUAGACAGAGCUCCAUAUAAUUUGAUUAGAAGGUAAGAAAUGUGUUUUUUUUUUAGAUUGGUACAGCUAGUCUGUUUGCCCUGCAUUAUGUUGAUAGGGCUUCAAAUUGACUGCUUUAUCUGCUUAGCGCUUAAGUAUAGGACUUACAGUCAGCACUAUCAGUGGACAAACCCCUGCUGCUAAGUGCUUGCACCACUGUGUGGCCCAUUAAGGGCUAUAGAAAUGGGGGAUUCCCCAAAAGCUGUGGGAAGGAUUUUGCUCUAACGUAUUAUAUCAUAAUUAUAUGGAUUGGCGCUGGAGUUAAGUUGGAUGAACUAAUACAAUUUUCCAGGGUCUGACUUCCAUAGGCAAUAUUACAUAGAAUUACAAGCCAUGUUAAUAUAUUGUAUUUAUCAAUGUUAGAAAAAUGGCCAAUUGUCCAUUAGAAGUGGCCAGCACUUCUCUACAUCACCCACAAUUUUAACAAAACUGGCCUUCCAACAAAUAAUGAUUGUGCUUUUUAGAUACUCUAUGCGGCCAUCACUGUAAUCUGGUCACCUGUCGCAUGGGCUAAUGGGCUGGGUAGUUUCCAUGUUAGUCAACAUUAGAGAUCUUUUUGUCACUCUGGCCACCAUAGAUAGAAAAUUGAAUCCCACACAAGCAAUAAUUAGCCUGGGUGCCAUCCGAUUUGUGUUUCGGUGUUGCCAUUACAAAUCGGAUGACACUCAGGCUAAGCAAACAAAUUACAAUACAAUGCUUACAGUACUAAUGCGAUUGUGAACAUAGAGGAGAAUUGGUUUGUUUGUUAUUUAUCAAUUAUAGAUGAAGUUCCCUGCCCAAAGUGUCUUAUAAUGCACAGUGCUUGAUGACGGUGCUAAUCAAGGUGUAAAAAGAUUUGUCCACUUAGUCUUGUAAUCCCAUGCAAGUCUUCCUUUCUGCAACUGAAGAUGACAUAUAAGUUCAUAAGUUGUUUUUUUUUUUUGUUGCAUAGUUUAUUUUUCAUAGUUGUUGUGAGUGCAAUAGGGUUCCCUAUAGAUGUUUGGGGUACUUUGCUUUGGCACUAAAUUCUUGUCAAACUGCUGCUCUUGCCAUAGUAUUUUUCUGGUUGAUGUUUCCAGCAUUUCAGCCCCAGACCAUGUUUUUUUUACUCCAUGCAGUUUUGUGAUAGUUUCUGGGUUUUGAAUGCUUGCUGUCUAGAACAUGGUAUAAAAUCAGAACAGAGCAUAAUAACAAAAUCUUUGUUAAGUUGAAGAAAGUAACAGAGGCUAGAUAAUUAUAACGUAAAUGUUGUAAUUUUUAUAAUUGUAUGAUGAAUUUUACUUGCAAGUGUGAUCCUAUGAAUCUAUACAUUGUAUAAUCAUAGAUUGUCGUUCGGUCUGAUAUAGCUAUACCAUUGUGCUGCGUGCCUGCAAAGCUGCUGUGUUAUGCCGAAGGGUGGUUAUACCAAUUAUACUGAUACAGACGAUUCUGUCUUUUGAAAAUGUUGCUUAAUGCAUUUUGAUGAGCAAUGUAAUAUCUAAUUUCCAAUGUGCAAAGCACGCACCAUGAUUUAAUGCCGUAAUACUAUGUAGAAUGUAUAUCGUGAAAGGUUUUGAUUCUAAGAACUUAGAAAACAUAGUUAACAAGAUGAACUAAGUUAGAUAUUGGGUUUUAGACAUGUAUUAGGUUACUGGUUAUUACGAUACAUGUAGCUUUUAUAAUUUUAUAAAGUAAGGCCACACCAAUUUAAUUUGUUGGUUCUCGGAUUCGCCUCUUCAUUUUUUUCUG